UAGAAAAAUGGAAAUAGUACAGACCAAAUUCCUCACAGUACAACUGCUCAGUUACAAAAAAAAAAAAAAAUAGUGAUUAGCAGAUAACCAUGACAUUAGAGCACUUUCCUUUUCCCACGGCAACCAUUAUCUCAGACCACGAACGCACACAUAACGGAAAGUUAACCUUUUUUACUCCACCAGUGACUUGUUGGAAUCCUUCACAAAUUUUCUGAAUUUUUAAUGUGCAAGUCUAUCAAAUUUUAACCGGUUGAAUUCAACUGAAAUAUGGCGACAAAACCACCGCCAGGAAUACUUCCUCAGAAUAAGCAGGCCCAAAAUCAGACAGCAAUCGAACAAGAAAAGCGAAUCGAAGAGGUUUUAUCAUACCCAAUUUUGUUGUCGGAUAGGGUUGAUGAAGCUGUAAAGGAGGCGGAGUCGUUCAAGUUGGAGUGCUUGGAGGUGGGCAAGAAAGUGGGUAAUCUUUGCCAGAUGCUACGCGCCGCCGUGCGUCUUUCCACCUCCACCUCAGUUGGUUUUUACUUCUACGACCGUCCCCUCCGCCGCAUCGCCGCCGAUGUAUCGAAAAAUCUUGAAAAGUCACUGGCCCUUCUUAAGAAGUGCAAGCGGCGGAGUGUGCUCCGCCGUGUGGUUACCAUAGUCUCCGCCGCCGAUUUUCGCAAGCUGCUCGGCUACCUCGAUUCCUCGGUAGCUGAUAUGAAAUGGGUUCUCAGCAUCUUCGAAUCUGGUGGCGCUGGCGGAGGUAUUGUUCUUAGUUUACCUCCCAUUGCCAGUAAUGACCCCAUUAUUUCUUGGGUUUGGUCUUAUAUUGCUUCAUUACACAUGGGUCAAUUGCAAGAUAAAAUAGAGGCUGCAAAUGAAUUAGCUUCGUUAGCUAAAGAUAAUGAUAGAAAUAAGCAAAUUAUAGUUGAAGAAGGUGGAAUUUCUCCUUUAUUGAAGCUCUUAAGAGAUAAUUCUUCCCCAGAUGCUCAAAUUGCAGCAGCUUUUGCACUUUAUAAUUUAGCGAAUGACAUGGAAAGAGUGUUGACGAUAAUUGAUGAAUUGGGGGUUCCGGUUAUUUUUCAAGUUUUACGGGACUCGCCAAUGAGGGUUCAAAUAAAAGUUGCGAAUUUGGUGGCUACAAUGGCAGAGCAUUGUCCACUGGCGCAAGAAGAUUUUGCAAGGGAGAAUGUGAUUAGGCCGCUUGUUACAUUGUUAUCAUUCGAUAUAUUCAUGGAUGAUCUGAACAUUAGAGAAGGGAAACAGAGUAUUCAUUCCAUUGUGCAAAUUAACAAGGAGAUGGAUAAAAGUUUGAGUAGGCCAGGAUUUGGUUCUUCUUUAUCAAUGCAUUAUUCUGAGGGGAGUACUAAGGGAGGAAAUCACAGGAAGGAAAGGGAAAACGAGAAGCCGGAGGUGAAGCACAAGUUGAAGAUUAGUUGUGCCGAGGCGUUGUGGAUGCUCGCUAGAGGGAGUGUACCGAAUAGUAGGAGGAUUACGGAGACAAAAGGGUUACUUUGUUUGGCUAGGCUUGUUGAAACCGAACAGGGGGAAUUGCAGUAUGAUUGCUUGAUGACAAUAAUGGAAAUAACGGCUGCUGCAGAAUCUAAUGCUGACCUUAGACGGGCGGCUUUCAAGACAAAUUCUCCAGCUGCUAAGGCAGUUGUGGAUCAGCUAUUAAGGAUUAUUAAAGAGUCUGAUACCCUGAGGUUGAAAAUUUCGGCUAUAAGGGCAAUAGGUUCUUUAUCUAGAACAUUCCCAGCUCGGGAGACGCGGGUCAUUGUUCCUUUAGUCGAGCAACUUAGUCACAGUAAUCAGGAUGUGGCUACAGAAGCUGCUAUUUCGUUAGGGAAGUUUGCUUGUCCAGAUAAUUUUUUAGGCAUAGAGCAUUCCAAGACAAUUAUCGAGUUCAAAGGUGUUCUGCCUGUGAUGAGACUAUUAAGGGGCAAUGAACGGGCAACGUUGCAUGGAUUGAUUCUUAUAUGUUACCUAGCAAUAAAUAAUGGAAAGAGCGAGGAUUUGGAACGAGCAGGAGUUUUGUCGGCUUUUGAGGGGAUAGACCGUGCAUUUAUCGCUCAACAUCCCGAACUGAAAGAAUUGAUGCAUCAGGCAAUCUAUCAUCUGAGUGUGUUUCACCACACAACUCACUCGGGUUUGCUCACUCAAAUGCAGUUUUAAGUACCUGCAACUUGAUUCUUGAUUUAAGGAACUGGGUAGCACGAAUGACUACCAAUGAUGUAUUUGAUCAGGAGACGAGGAAUGAUUAUGUACAAAAAUAUGGCAAAGAAAACUUCUAUUGUAGUUGAUAUGAUUUUCGUAUCAAUUUUUCGUUGCUCGACUUUAUGAAUCCUAUUCUCCGUGCUGUUGUAGCUUUCAACUUUUUGUAGGAUCACAAAUGGAUUUUUUUUAAUUAUGUAAUCGAACGUGAACUAGACGGUUUGAUUCGGUUCA